AGUUCUUUAUGGUUCUUCUUUAUGUUAAAUACUUUUAUUUCAUCUAUGCUCAAAUCUUUAAAAGACAUUUACAUUAAAUUCUACGAAAAUUGGCAUUUUGAAUCGGAAAUUCAGAAGGGAACUUCUUACGGUAUUUUCGCGAAAAUUUAUUCAGUUUAUUGGACCAUUAAUGCUAUGAUUAUAAGUAGUUAUCAUUUAGCCAAAUGGGAAGUGAAUUAAAUAUCGAAACAACAGAAUCCAGUUGGACCGGCGGCUGGUUCAGCUGGACUCGACAGUCUGAUGCUAUGCUACGGAAUAUAGAGCAAAAGAUAUUAGCAUGUGUAAAGACGGCGUACAAGCGUUUCUACGUGGACGUGGGGUCAGUGGUGGGCCAGUGUGACAAGAUAUGGACCAUCUCCCUCAACGACGAGGCCGAGAAGACGCCCUUACUGAUGCUGCAUGGGAUGGGCGCUGGCGUCGCUCUAUGGUGUCCCAACCUAGACGCCUUUGCAGCCACACGGCCAGUGUAUGCCAUCGACUUAUUAGGGUUCGGCCGUAGCUCUCGUCCGAAGUUUGCUUCGGAAGCUGAGAAAGUAGAGGCUCAGUGGGUAGAGUCAGUGGAGCAGUGGCGUCGAGAAGUCAAAGUAGACGAGUUCAUACUACUGGGACACAGCCUCGGAGGGUACAUCGCUACUGCAUAUGCACUCAAGUAUCCCGAUAGAGUACGUCACUUAAUACUGGCUGAUCCGUGGGGCUUUGCGGAGAAACCCUCGAACGUGUACGAGAAGCACAAGAUGCCGCUGUGGGUCCGGGCCAUCGCUACCGCCGUCCAGCCUUUUAACCCUCUAUGGGCCGUCCGCGCCGCGGGCCCGGCCGGCAAGUGGUUGGUCAGUAAGACCCGCCCCGACAUCUCGCGCAAGUACCUCUCCUACGUGUCCGACGCAGAAACCGUCAUACCGGAGUACAUAUACCAGUGUAACUCGCAGACCCCCAGUGGUGAAAGCGCUUUCCACUCUCUGAUGCAAGGGUUCGGUUGGGCCAAGAAUCCCAUGGUGAAGAGGGUGUCCCAACUGGACCCCACGCUACCCAUCACCGUGCUCUACGGAUCCCGUUCCUGGGUCGACAACAGCACUGGACAGUUGCUUCAGGAAAACCGCCCCGCUUCGCCCACCUACGUACAAGUAAUAAAUGGAGCCGGGCACCACGUUUACCUCGAUAAACCGGAAUUAUUCAACAAAUUUGUACUCGAAGCUUGUACCCGCGCGGACAACGAACCGAGACAAAAAAAUAACGAAAGCAAAAAAGAUGCAGAUAACGCCACACCCUCUUGAUAUUGUUAAGAUAAAUUAGGUGAAGAAAUAUCACAAAUGUGCCUAUUGUAAAGGGAAUAUCGCUUUAUAAGCAGUGGCCAACAGCAGUAUUAAUCAAAAUCGUGUCGCUUAAAAGUUUUGGAUUUCCUUGUUAUAUAUGUAUAUAUACUUAAAAAUAUAUAUUAUUUAAUAUUAAAAAUUGUUUAUAUAUAUUGACUCGCAAAAGCGAAACUUUUUUUUAAUUUAAAAGUAUAAGGGCCUGUUUCACCAGUUCUGGAUAAAGUUUACCUGUAGAUAAGUUACGAUUAGACUUUAACAGCAAGAGGUAAAAUUAGCCAUUAGGACCUGUUUCAGAUCAAUUAAUAAAUUACAGCUUCUGGAUUAAUUUUGCGAAUAAAAAUAUCACAUAAAUAUAGUGGAAUUCGAUGGUGAAAAGGGAUAACACAUCAAAAGCUUUUAUGUGUUGGAUAUCACCAUCCGUUGAAUAGCGCUAACCACAACUGGUAAAAUAGGCCUUAGAAUACUAAAGUCAAAAAAUUAUCUUCAAAAAUGCUUAAUCCUGUUUUCGGUUAAAUCGAGGUGUUAUAGACUAAAAUGUUUGAUUAAUUUAAUAAGAAAACACAAAACUAAGUUAUUAAAACAGUGCCUUUAAAUUUUUGCUACAUAUCCUUGAAAAAUAUAAUGAUUUUAUUAUAUCUUACAUUCUUCACAUAAGUUUAUAAGUGUAUGUUAAUUUAGUUUUAAAUUGCAAAAGUAAGGGUUUAUAAGUAUUUUAUUUGUACAUUAAUAUUGUUGGGGAGCUUAAGAUUUUAUACGUAUAACCUGUACCUAUAUUAAGUUAAUUUAUUUAACAUAUUUAUGCGUUUUGUAUAUUUAUUGUACCUUUGAAAUCAUAUUAAAAUAUUAAACAGCUUUUCUCUGUUUUUUCUGUUAGAAUCUAAAGCUUUUUAUUUAAAAACUUGAUACUGUGAUAAGUAUAUAGCCUUAAUAUAUAGUAUGAAGUUUUAAAGUUUCAAAUUCUAACGUUAUGAUUUUUGAUAUAGACGCGAGAGAGCCUCCUAAUAUCGAGGUUUUGAAGUAUAAAUGUGCCUUAUUUCCGACUGGAAUAAAAUUGUUUGACUUCUUGAUCUUGUAUAAUUAAUUAACUAAUAAAAACUUGUUUAUAAAUUUUA